AUGGCGUGCUGGAGGGCCAAGCUCCGCUGCACGAUGCUCCAGUGCGGCUCGUGCCUCUCUUGCGUCGAGCGCGGCCGGCCGUGCAUCCCCCGCGUUCGCAUGAAGCGGCGGCAGACCCGCGAGCGCCCGCCCUACCCGAGCCUCGACCUGGCCCGGGCGCAGGAGGCGGCGCUGCAGUCUUUGCCGCCGCUGCCGCCGCUGCAGCCCAUGCCGCCCUCGGCCGUGGGCCUCGAAGACCUGUGGGGCGGCGCACAGCACCUUCAGCCCGGCGCCGCCCCCAACUCGCCGACGGUCGGGGCGGGGGCGGGCAUGCCGGCGGUCGCGCCCGUGGCCGCGGCCGACCAGGCGUCGCUGACCGCUGCGCUCUGCUCGUCGUACUCGAUGCACCUGCAGCGGUCGCUCGCCGAUUCGAUGUCCCUCUCGCGGAUGCUCGCUGUGCACGACGGCUGGCGCGGCGGCGGCUCCACCGACCUGAAGGAGCUGCUCGUCGCCCACGUGAUGCGGCUGCAGCGCGCGGCGCAGCAACUGGUGCAGUGGCCUCAGCCGCAGGUCCUCACCCCGGUGGCGCCUCCGGCGGCGCCGCUCUCUCUCGGCACUCCGGCGGUCGCCGAGAAGACGACGAUGGAGGCGGCCCUCGCGGCGUUCAAGGGGGGCGGGAGCCAGGCGGAGAUGGCCGCCGCGUUCCUGGCGCACAUGGACGCGGCCAAGGCCGCGCUCGCACAAGCCCCCCUCGACGGCGGCAGGCUCAUGUCCUCGGCCGGUGCAACCGGUUGUGCGCCGGCCGCUUGCCUGGCCUCAGCGGCCGGCGGCGGCUCCCCCAGCGCGGGGUGCGCGAACAGCGGGACGAUGGCUUCGACCACCGCGCUGCAGCGCGGCGAACCGGUCGCGCAGGCGAGCUUGUGGUGGGAGGUGAGCCUCAAGCGGCCGCGGGACACCAUGGAGUACACCAAGGACCACGACUCCUUCGUGGACGAGGUUGCCCGGCGCGAGGUGGUGCGGCGCGGCUCGCAGGAGGAGGAGUCGGCCGCCGCCGCGGCGCUGCUCGAGGCCUCGCCCAGCAAGGAGGGCGGCGGCUCCGGCUCGAACCUGUUCGAAGGAGACGUUUUUGCAGGCAGAUGCUGA